UAUCUUGACAAUAAUAAAAUUCAACUCAAUGAUUUUCUCAGAAGGUAAGUGUGGCUUGUCUCUCUUAUCCUUUGCCAUGGGGAAGAAGAAGACGACGAAGACCCCUGCGCAUUCUCCUCCUCCAACUACGAGGAAGAAGAAGAAGAGCACCAAACUUGUUGUAGAUGAUGAAUUGGAUUGUGUGAACACUGUGGAUGCUGGGAACCUCGAAGCCAUCCUAACUGAUGAUGCUGAUAAUACUAUGGCAAAUGAACCUUUAAACAAGGAGACACCUCCUGAUAAUGCUGCUGAUAAACCUCUGGAACAACCUACCAACAAUGAGGAGAAAGAGAAGGAAAAAGACCCUCCUGAUGUUGGCAAGAGUGGAGACAAGCUGAAUGAAGAUAAGGUGGAUAAGCCUGCUGAUGCAAAGAAAUCUUUUGCUUCCUUUUUCAAGAAAAAUAGGGCUGAAGAUAAAGGAAUGAAGCUUCACAAGGUUGUUGCUCCUAAAUGCUUCAUACCUGAAGAAGACAUGCUGACUGUGGAAGAAAUUUGGGGACCCUGUCUGGUGGGUUGCUUCACUGGUAGAUUCCCUGGGCUGGUAGCUAUCCAAAAACUGGUUGAUAGUUGGGGAGUCAAGUGCAAGUUCCUACCUCAUCACCAAGGAUGGGUUGUCUUUAAAUUCCAUACCAAUGAGGAUAGGGAUUCUGCUCUCUUACUUGCCAAGAAGGAACUCAAUAAUAAGAAAUUGCUCAUUAACAUCCCUCCUGAUGACUUUAUGUGGGAUGUUAAGUCCUUCUCAACCAUGCCUAUCUGGGUUAAGCUGUGGAAUGUUCCCAUGAGGUUCUGGUCCUCAAAUGCUCUAUCUCACAUAGGGUCUCAACUGGAAACUCCCAUGUACACUGAUGGCCUCACUCACACAGUGGCUUCCAAGUUGAGUGCUGAAGAUCAGGAAGAGAAAGAUGAACUUAAAUAUCAGAAGCCCAAUUACUGCAGAAUGUUGAUAAACAUGGACCUAUCCCUUACACCUCCUACUUCUGUUGAGGUGGAUUUUGUUGGGGGUAGCUAUGUUCAAAAGGUUGAGUAUGAGGACAUGCCUCAAUACUGCUAUCACUGUAAGUGUUUUGGCCAUGACCCCUUUAACUGCUCAGUUCUUCAUGAGAUCAACAAGAGAAAAUUCAAUGAAGAACGAAAAGCAAGAGAGAGGGCUAGGGUUGAAACCCUCAAAACCAUAAUGCUUACAGAAGCACAAAAACAACCACAGAAGGGAAAGGAAAAUGGGAAAGAUGAUGUGAACAACACUGCUGAAAACAAAGGAAAAGAAAAGGAUAACUCAGGAGGUGUGGCCCAAAACCCAAAUGAUCCUGGCCCAUCCUUCACUGCCCACAUUGAGGAUGAUGGCUUCACACAAGUAGGAGGGGGCAAGGGCAAACUUACAACACACCCUAUCAGGGAUGGAAAGCAGAGAACUGGAUACAACAAAGGGGGAGGUCAGACUGGAGGAUAUAGAGGUGAUCUCAGUGGCCCUUGGGCUGUCAUGGGGUAUUUCAAUGCAGUUAUCAGCUCCACUGAAAGAGUGAACUGCCAAACCCAAAGUGCCUACUACAUGAUAGAUCUUAGACAGUUCAGAAUCAACAAUGCCCUUAAUGAUGCUAACUCAUCAGGGCUGGAAUUUACUUGGAACAAAGUGUUGCUGAAGCUUAUGAAUAUCCAGAACCAGAGCACCAGGCCUUUUAAAUUUUACAACAUGUGGCUCAAGCAUGAUAAUUUUGAUAUGGUGGUCAGGGAGAAUUGGAAUCAAUGGGUCAAUGGAACAAGGCAGUACAGAUUAUGUGUCAAACUCAAAAAACUGAAACAACCUUUGAGGCUUCUGAAUAAACAACACUUUGGCCAUAUCUCUCAGAGAGCUGAAUCUGCCAGAAAGAAGUACAGCCAUCUCAUGCAGGAGCUGAUCCUGGAACCUGACAACCCUUCCCUUCUGUCCAAAAGUGUUGAACUCAGAAACAAAGCAAGUUUCUUCAUGGAUGCUGAAAGAUCUUUCUUCCAACAGAAGACUAAGUGUGAACUGCUCUUUGAGGGGGACAAAUGCACCAAAUUUUUCCAUGCCCUGAUGAGGAAAAAGAAACAUAGCAGUGCCAUCCCCUUCAUUGUUACAAAUGAUCAGAGACUCACCACCAGUUUGGAGGAGGUUGAAAAGGAAUUUAUUGAGUACUUUACCAAUCUCUUUGGAACCACUGUUCCCAUUGAACCUGUUGAUUGGAAUGUUUUUGAAGAGGGCCCUCUCAUCCCCAACCAUGCAGCUAACAACCUCAUCAGAAAGGUGACUAUUGAAGAGGUCCUUGCUGAUGCCUUGAAGCACUUUUCCUUUGUCUCAGGCCUCCAUGUCAAUGCACAAAAAUCAAACAUUUAUCUGGCAGGGCAAAUCAAGGGGAAUAAGCAGCAUAUCCUCAACUUGGUGAAUUUCCCUGAAGGACUUUUACCAGUUAAAUACCUGGGACUGCCACUCACUUCACAAAGGGCAUCAGAGAGGGAUUUUGCACCAUUGAUUGAAACAGUUGAUGAUAAUAUAAGAAGAUGGAACACUAAGACUUUAACCAUUACUGGUAGAGCUGAACUUAAUAGGAGUGUUAUCCAAGGGAUAGAAGGUUUUUGGCUUCAAGCCUUCCCCAUCCAUAAAUCUGUUCUGAACAGGAUAACCUCCAUCUGCAGAACCUUCCUUUGGGAAAACAAAUUCUACAAAGUGGCUUGGGAUGAUAUUUGCAAACCAAAGGAGGAAGGGGGACUUGGGCUUAGAAACUCUGAAGUUUGGAAUCAAGCACUCAUGGCUAAAAACCUGUGGAACAUUGCAUCAAGAAAAGAAACCCUUUGGGUUCAGUGGGUUCACAGUGUUUACCUUCAGGACAGAGAUAUUUGGACCUGGAUCCCUAAACAUGGGGAUUCACACUUCUUCAAAAAGCUUGCAGAAGUGAGAAACAAUCUAACCCAGAAGCUUGAUACUGGUCAGAACCAAGAACUGGAUUGGGAUGACCUCCUUGUUGAUGGAAAAUUCUGCACUGCAAAGGUGUAUGAUUUGCUGAGAGUCCAUUUGUCUCCUAAACCAUGCAUGAAAAUGAUUUGGCAAAGCUACAUUCCACCCAGAUUCUCCUUUACAACCUGGCUUGCCAUUAGAAGGAGGUUAUCAACCAAGGUGAAUCUGGGAUUUAUCCCCAUGGAGAAUAGGAAUUGUAGCCUCUGUGGACAGGAGCUUGAGACCACUGAUCACCUUUUCUUUGCUUGCACUGCAUCCCAACAGAUCUGGAAGGGUGUGAAAGACUGGCUCAAAAUUCCUUAUGCACUCUCAACUAUUGAAAGAGUCAUAAAAUGGCUCCUUGGAAGACACAGAGUGCAUGGGAACCUGAGAAACAUCUGGAGACUAGCAAGGAAAUCCUCCACAAAGACGAUGGUGCAAACACGCAGUAACGCCAAUGUAGGUACCGGAGUUCCCCAACAGGGGGAGAACAUCGCCACUGGAGGCCGGCACCCCCCCAUCACUGCGGGGGAGGCUGAGGCCCUCAUCCGGAGGGUUGGGAUCACAGCCGAGCAAUUCAAGGAGGUCCUAGCUGCACUCACACCCAAUCGCGAGAUUGUGGUAGAAGAUGUAGCUGGGGGACCCACAGGCGGGAAGGCCGGACCUGCGGGCUCCCAAGGGAAAAAGAAGAAAGUGAGGCGGUCCCAGAAGAAGAAGGCGACCAAGCCUAAUGGGAAGGCUGUGAUGGCAGAUGCGCUUUCCAGACUGGACGAAGAGGACGAGUCGUCCUCCUUCGAGCGGAUGUCUGCUUUUGACCAUUUGGGAGAUCCCAAAUCAAAGAAACCUUGGACCUCUGCGUUCGAGCGGUUGCAAGACACUCGGUCGGCCCAGAAGGGAGACUUGAGGGACACGCUCAAAGAGAAAAGAGGGGAAUCCACAGCGACCUCCAAGAUCGGUUCUGAGGAGCGACGGACGAUGGUCGAGGACAAGGGCGCAGCCGAACUGUGGAGAAUGUACGAAGAACUGGAGAAGCGGCUGGACGCCCGGAACCCCUACCGCCAGGCGGUCUUCAGUGAGGCGUACAAUGGGACGACUGAUCCCCAGGACCACCUCGCUCGCUUCGGGGAAAACGUGGUCAUGUAUGCGUACCCAGAAGAAAUCAAGUGUCGGUGUUUCCUGGCGACACUGGAAGGACAGGCUUGUGAGUGGUUCCACAACUUACCCAAGGGGUCGAUAGAUAAGUGGAGCGACCUGGCCCACAAGUUCUUGGAGCACUUCGCAUCCAGUCGGAGGCAAAAGCUCCCCUUCUCGCAUUUGCUCAAUGUGAAGAUUCGGAAGGGAGAACAGCUCCGGGAUUUCAUUAACAGGUGGGAGAAGGAGGCUAGGGAUGUCCAAGGGGCGGACGACCAAGCCUUGAUCGCCAUGCUCCAAGCUGCACUCCCCCAAGGGGAUGUGCGCAAGGAGCUGCGACGGAAUCCUCUCUCGACUUAUCAGGAGAUGUUGGCCAGGGCGAAGUACCUGGCGUUGGAAGAAGAAGAUGAUGAGCUACCAGUCCGGAAGGAGAAGAAAAGCGGGCCACUGUCGUUGCCUGCCCCUCCUCACAGUCGGGAAAGCUAUGGUGUGCAAGAUGCACCCAAAUACUGCGAGUACCACCGUAACAGCACCCACAACACGUCGGAGUGCGUUACGCUUAAGAAGGAAAUGGAUCAGUUGAUCGCCAAGGGGCCACCUCCUCGGUCGGAGCGACCGUCCUCAAGUAACCGGACCUGGAGGAGACCGCCAGCCCCCACGGCAGCGAUCACAGCAGGAGAGGGGCAGGAGGAUGGACGACGACAUCUAGGAAGAGAUUUUGAUGAUCUAGAUGAGGAGGAAAGGCAAGGUCGCCGUCACCUAGGGUGUCGGUUCAUCAUGGGAGGAAACACUGGAGGAGAUUCGGUAUCCUCCCGGAAGAAGUGGAAGAAUAUGGUGUACCUGGCCGAGGUACAAAGGCCGCCGCUGCCUAAGCGGAAGAAAAAGGAACCUCUGAUCUUUACAGACGAGGAUUAUCCCACAGUCCCCAGCCCUCACAGGGACGCUCUGGUGAUAAAAGUAGAGAUCAAUAAUGUGGUUGUUCACCGAUCUUUGGUCGAUACGGGCAGCUCGGUCAAUGUUAUGUACAGCAACACUUUUAAGGAGUUGGGGUUGUCUCGAAACGACCUGAAACCAAUCCACACGCCACUGUCAGGGUUCACAGGGGAUACUAUCGAAGCUGAAGGAACUAUCACGGUGAAGGCCGGGGUAGGAGAUGGCACCCACCGACUCUGGGUCGACAUGGAAUUUAUGGUAGUGCAGCUCGACUAUGCACACCAUCUGAUUCUGGGGCGACCAGGGUUGGAGGACCUGGAGUGCGUAAUCUCCCCCGUCCACUUAUGCCUAAAGUUCAAUACUCCUACAGGGGUGGGGGUAGCAAAGGGAAACCAGAGCCUGUCACGGUCGUGCUACGUUAGGGCGACCAAAAACCAAGCCCGAGUCGACGAGAAUGUGAGCACGAUCUAUGCGGCAAUCCAGAGGGAGGAGGGGCGACCUCGAGCUAAGCCGGUGGAAGAAGUAGAAGAAGUUUCGUUGGACCCGGUCAAGCCAGAACGGAAGGUGAAGGUAGGUAAAACUUUACCGCUUAAAUUGAAGGAGCAGUUAUUGGAAGUCCUCCAAGCAUUCAAGGUGUUAUUCGCAUGGGGUCCAGAGGACAUGCCAGGGGUCGACCCAAAAAUUAUCUGCCAUAGAUUGGCGGUGGAUCCGACCCACAAACCGGUCAAGCAGAAGAAACGGUUCCUCUCCUCAGAACGAAGAGAGUUUGUCACCCAGCAGGCAUACUACUCCGUGAGAUUCCGGUUUAAAGUCUCGAACAAUGAGGCUGAAUAUGAGGCACUGCUUUGCGGCUUGAGGUUGGCAGCUUCAAUAAAAGCUGAGCGGAUCCAAGUCCGGUGCGAUUCCAAGCUAGUACUAGGCCAUGUCACUGGAGAGUUUGAGGCCAAGGAUGAACGGAUGAAGAAGUAUAGAGACACUGCCCUGGAGUUGCUUAAAGCAUUUGGGGCGUACCAGAUAGAACAGGUCCCUCGAGAAGAGAACGCUGAGGCAGAUAUCUUGUCAAAACUUGGCCCGGAUUCCCCAGAUCAUAUUAAGGCAAUGACCCAGGAAGAAGAGUUGCUCGAGCCAAGCAUCAGCCCCGGACAAGUGCUAAUCAUCACACUCAGAGAAGAACCGGAUUGGAUUGAUGAGAUUACCAUGUACAUCCUCGAAGGGUCGCUACCUACCGACCCAAUCGCAGCAAAGGUGGUAAAGCGACGUGCACCCAGCUACACACUGGAGUGCGGUCGGCUGUACAAGCGGUCGUACAAUGGUACAUUGCUAAGGUGCUUAAGAGCGGGCGAGGCACAGAAGUUAAUGGAGGAAAUCCAUGAAGGAAUAUGCUCGGCAGAUCAGGGAGCCUUCACGAUGUCCAGGAAAGUGACUCUACAAGGAUACUUUUGGCCAACAAUUAUCAGAGAUUGCGCAGAGUAUGUGCGCAAAUGCAAGGUUUGCCAGGAGUUCCAAAGGGUGCCGGGGCGACUGGCGACGAAUUAUACCCCGAUCAGUACGGCGAUUCCCUUUGCCCGGUGGGGCAUUGAUCUGGUUGGCAUUUUGCCUCGAGGGACAGGGAACAACACAUACCUGGUGGUCGCGAUUGAUUACUUUACCAAGUGGGUCGAGGCCGCUCCCGUGCCGACCAUCACUGCAGAACAAAUGACGAAGUUCGUUUCUAAGCAAAUCUGGUGCCGAUUUGGGGUUCCCCAGCAGAUCAUCACCGACAAUGGAACCCAAUUCGAGGCCAGAGGGUUCAAUGAGUUUCUACAGAGCUGGGGCAUAAAACACAGCUAUGCAGCGGUCGGAACUACCCCAAGGAAGGCCACAGGUGAAACUCCUUUCUCGCUCACAUAUGGAUUUGAAGAAAGGGCUCCAGCGGAGACCUCGUUGCUGAGUUAUAGAGUGGAGACGUUUGACGCUCAAGAAAAUGAAGAGAACUUGAGGGCAGAGCUGCACCUCAUUGAUGAGCGAAGGGAAAGGGCUUACAUGCGGGCAGAAAACUACCGCCGGCAGGUCCAGUCAUAUCACGACCAGCGGGUGCGACCAAGGCAGUUCAAGAUGGGCGACUGGGUCCUUCGGAAAAGGGAAGUCAGCCGACCAACCGAUGGAGGGAAGUUUGCUAAAAGCUUCGAAGGGCCAUAUAUCAUAAAGGAGGUGUUGGCUGAUGGGACGUUUAGGUUGCAGACUCCAGCCGGUGGCGACGUUCCGCGAGCAUGGAAUGCCGCCAAUCUCAUUAAAUUUUAUCAAUAGAUUGUAUUCCAGCCAUGUUCUUCUCUUGAAGUUUAAUAAAACCAGCAUCUUGGCACAUCUUGCCUCCAAUUCUCGAAAAAAAAAGGAGCGACCACAAGAGAUCGCUAAGCUUAAACUCGCUAAAGCCUAAACUCGCUAAGCCUAAACAGUAUGGUGAUUCGUGCUAAGGUACCCAAUAG